ACCUGUGACCGUGCACAUCUUUAGUUCAGUUGCCAAACGAGUGCCAUGAAGUGAGGACCUAGCAGGCGGCAAAAGUAUUCGAAGAAAAUAAUUUUUAAUUAAAAAUGAGAAUGUGAAGAAAAUUUUGAAAAAUAACUUAAACGCAAAAUAAUUUUGAAAAAAAAAAAAAAAUAAAAACUGUUGAUUUUUUGUGAAAAAUAAAUUGAAAAGAAAUAUUUAAAAAAUACUCAAAAUAAUAAAUGAACAUUUCGAACUGCUGCUGAAAAUUUUGGAUUACUCAUAACCCCUUUGUGGAUUACUUUUUUUGACUAUUGGAUAUUUUUUAUCAAAAAAGCUUGAAAAUGUUGAAAUGGGCUGUAAAUGGUCCCCGCCAGACGUAUAUGCAGAGUACGGAACACUUGAAUCUACCAUCCUCUGUGGAAGCCCAGCCAGGCCUAACACAGGCCCAACGAAGACGGCUAAAACGCAAAUCUUCCGAUGUUAGCUGUUUGAGGCCCCGCACCUCCUGGCAUGACAAGGAAAAUCAAUACACCUCCACACCGCUGCAUCCGAAUUCUCGUAGCUUCAAUGAAAGUCCUUCCAGGAAAUUGGAUAGCCUCAAGGACUUGAGUAAUAUUCUGGCUGAGCCCCUGGCCUUUCCCUCCCCCAAAAGGUUAACGUUACACAAAACCUCUCCCAGCCUGCUGAAGACCCCCGAACCCCUGCCUCAGGCUCCACGCAGCACCAUGCCCUCCAACUAUGCCUCCACAUUGCCCACCUUUGAUGUGGAGUACUCGCCCUGUUCCCUGAUACCAGGACCUCUGCUGGCCCUAAGGGGUGUGGGCAUACCCGAUUCGUAUUUUGAAAAGCCUCGCUACAUUACACCCAGCCAAAAUCAGGAAACUCCCUUGGCCAAAACUACCAACACCACCACCACUACCACAUCUGCCCGCCUUUCAGAAGAAUCCCUGGAAAACAAAACCUUCCUCAAACCCAAAUCCCUUAACUUCAAAUAUCCCCACUACAUGGAGGAAUCCUCUCUCAGCUCCUCCCGAAUGGGUGAUGUUACGCUGGAGCGGAUGAUAGAUGCCAUUUUGGAAAGCAAUCGCAAACAACAAAAGAAACUACACAAACACUGCCCCAGCAACAUGUCACCCUCCUACACCCCAGCCGAUGAUCCGGCCAGUGAUUUGCAGGAAGUCUGGGAUUCCGAAAAGGCCAGAUAUCGUCAAAAGGAACAGGAAUUCAGAUCGAAGCUAACCAAAAAAUGCCUCUUCAACGAAAGGGAAAUAUGUUCUCCGCAAACAAAAGCCCUGGAAGAAUCUCAAUGUCGUCUGGAAAAACCAGAAGAACUCGAUUUGGGUCUGCUACGCCGCCAGCGAGGAGUUAGACGUAAACGUAAACUGGAACAAAUUAAGGCCAGUGUCCUACACUCGGCCCACAAGCUAUUGGGGAAAUCCUCUCAUCAUUCCCACACCCCUCUGCUGCAUUCUCACAAUUUGAGAAAGGUAUUCGAGGCCGAAAUGAUACACGAUGAAAUUCAUCCACAGAAAAUGAUGCGAAAUCUGAGUCCAGACAGUGGCCACAAUUCGUCCAGUGAAUAUGAGGAGGAUGAGCAUGAGGACUCCACGCUGGAGGGGGACAACAAAACCCUGGAUGCCACCAAGAGGAGGCUUAGUUUUUCUUUGAAUAAAUUAAGUGAAAAUUGAAAUGGGGGAGAAGGAUGGAGAAAAGAAUCAAGAGAGAGAGAGAGAGAGAGAGAGAGAGAGAGAGAUGGAGAGAAGGAGAGAUAGAGAACAAGCUAAACAGAUAUUAUGACGCAGGAUGCUUCCAAAGCGAUUAAUUUAUUAUUUUUUUUACUAUUUUUUAAA